AUGGUCGACAUUUCACUUGUAUUUCGGGUCAUUAACAUUGUUGUGGCAGUGUUUAUGAUUAUUGGUGCAGUUGCUACCAUCAUUGACGGAGGCUUUCCCAAUUUUAUUCAAGGGAUCUUUUGCAUUCUUCUUGGACUCAUGACGGCCGUAUUUGAGUUUAAGCUUCCGGGGCAGGUUACUCAUGUUGGAGGCAUUACACUCGGCUACAAAGGACUAUCGAUCGCCUCGGGUGUCAUUAUACUUGUGGUGGGAGUUGCCUUUGUAAUUUGCCACUUUAUCCGCACGAUCGAACCUCCUUCAAAUAUGCGACAGGUUGCCUUUGAUGAAUCAAUCGGACACACCACAAGAUUGCAAGGGUCACACAUCGAAUCAGCAAUCCCUGCACCAGAAGCAACCCAUAAGACAUUGAUAUCCGAUGGUCAUACAGUUUAA